AUGAAGGAGGCAAAGUUAUUUGUUUUGCUAUCUAGUUUAUGGAGUGGAGCUGUGGGACUUACCAAUACUACGCUUACAAGAACUUCUACAACUAAAGAGAAAAAUUUCCAGAAGAACAUGACCUCAACUUCUUAUGCCCUAAAUCAAGCACAGAGUCUCCAAAGGAUGCCAACCACUCCAAUCAUGACACUUGAGACAACUCCUAAGACAAGAUCUUCUGAAAACAGUCUUCUAACAUCAACAUUACUUCCCUCAGAGAUUGAAGAACUUCCUGAGAUGAGGAGAAUCCAAGCCCCUACCAAGGAGAAAACAGAAGAGGUGUUAAAGAUGCAGACUCUUGCACCUCUGAGCAAAUCUAGCAUCCAGUUCAAACCCAAAUCCAGAGAAGAGUCAUUUGUCCUUUCUAAUUCUACAUUGAAAUUCCUUCAGAGUUUUGCCAAAAACUCAAAUCAACAGGCAAUCCCACUCAGCUCAACUGGAAGUCUGGAACAUCGAGCCACACGGGAUAUGUACCUCAGUAGAGGUGACAAUCCUAGAAGCCAAAGAACCAACUCUCAAAAAUCAAGUUUUGAAACAACUAGAGGAAAGAACUGGUGUGCUUAUGUACAUACUAGAUUAUCUCCCACAGUGAUACUGGACCACCAAGCCACUUACAUCCCAAGUGGGAUAAGACCCUGUGGAUCCUGUUCUCAAAGAUCUCUGAAGUUAUCAAAUCCUGUCUAUAAGAUGCAACAUAAAAUCGUUACCUCAUUGGAAUGGAAGUGUUGUCCUGGAUUCAGUGGCACAAACUGUCAGAUAAAAGCCCAGGAACGCCGUCAGCUGUUACACAGUGCCCAGGCGGAGAGUGACGCAGCCACUGGCCAAGGGACAGCAGAACAGAAGCAGAGGCGGGAAGACUGCGAUGAGCCAGCAGUGACCAAAAAAAUCACUGACCAGAUGAACCAACAAGCAAUAAAACUGUCCCUUGUGCAGAAGAAGAUUGACAAUAUUUCCUUGGCAGUGAAUGAUGUAAAGAAAGCACACUCCUCCCUAGAAGAAAAAAUCAAUGAAGAUUAUGGAAAGGAGUUCCAAUAUUUUUUAAAAGGUCUAAAAUCCAAAAGCAUUAAUGAUAUGGUCAAAGACAUAGUAAGAGAACAAUUUAAAGACAUUCAAAAUGAUAUGCAAGAGACUGUAGCACAGCUCUUCAAGACUGUAUCCCGUCUCUCAGAAGAACUUGAAAGCACCAGGCAAACAAUUCGACAAGUAAAUGAAUCCGUGGUUUCAAUAGCAGUUCCGCAAAAGACUCUGAUACUUCAAGAAAAUAAAUCAACUUUGGUCUCUGCACAAUCCUUUAAAAAACACAUUGAGAAUAUCAGACAAGAAAUGAAUAUUACAUGUGAGAAGCCUAUUAAAGAACUAGAGGCCAAGCAGGCUCAUUUAGAAGGUGCAGUUGAACAGGAACGCUUAUGGCGCAUUCUGUAUUUUGAGUCAUUGAAUAAGACACUGUCUGAAAUGAAGAAAGAGCAUGAUCAUCUUUUAUCAACUGAACAAGUGUUAGAUCAGAUGAGUAUUUCUCAGGCUAAAUCAGUUGGCAAUACUGUCACUGGGGACUUAUCUGCACUACAUGAAAAUAUAAAGAGACAGGGUUUAAAGAUGUUACAAAUAUUUGAUGAUUUGCAGGUCCAAGACAGCAAGAUUAACAACCUCACCAUCUCUUUAAAAAUGAAGAAAGAAACUGCUAGGAGUGAAUGUGAAAAUAUAUUAUCCAAGUACAGAAGUGAUUUUAAAAUGCAAAUUAAGGACACAGAAGAGAAUUUACAAGUGCUAAACCAAACUCUGGUUGAGGUUCUCUUUCCCAUGGACAAGAAGAUAGAUGACAUGAAUGAGCAAAUAAAUGAUUUGAUUUAUGAUAUGGAGAUUCUUCAACCAUUUCUUGAGCAGGGAGCAUCACUUAAACAAAGAACAACAUAUGGACAAUCAAAGGAAGAUGUAGUUACAAGGAAAAGGGUGGAAAAUUUGACUGGUGCUGUGAACACUCUAAAUUUUCUUAUCAAAGAACUCACAAAGAAACACAACUCACUUAGAAAUGAAAUGCAGAGUCGUGGUGAUUCCUUAGAAAGACGUAUCAAUGAAUCUGCCUUAGAAAUGGAAGAUGGUUUAAAUAAAACAAUGAUCAUUAUAAAUGAUGCCAUUGAUUUCAUUCAAGAUAACUACAUGUUAAAAGAGACUUCAAGUACAAUAAAACUUAAUCCUGAGAUUCAUUAUAAAUGUAACCAAAAUAUGGAAACUAUUUUAGCAUUUAUUUCUCAAUUCCAGCGUUUGAAUGAUUCUAUUCAAAUUUUGAUCAAUGAUAAUCAGCGAUACAACUUUGUUUUGCAAGUUGCCAAGGCCCUUGCAGAUAUUCCUAAAGAAGAAAAAAUAAAACAGUUCAGUUUUCAAAAGAUUUAUCAAAUGUUCAAUGAAACCACUUCAGAAAUCAUGAAAUAUCAGCAAAAUGUGAGUCAUUUACAUGAAAUGAUACUCUCAGCCACAAAUAAUUCAAAGAGUUUUGAAAAUAGAUUACAAGAUAUUGAGUCUAAAGUGACUAAGAUGCUUAUACCUUAUUAUGUUUCACUUAAAAAAGGCAGUGAAGCUACAAAAGAAAGAGACCAGGCUCUUCAACUCCAGGUACUAGGUUCCAGAUUUAAGACACUAGAAGCAAAAUCCAUUUAUCUUUCAAUUAAUCUCUCUUUGCUUAAUAAAACUCUCCAUGAAGCAUUAACUAUGUGUCGUAAUGCUUCUACAAGUAUAUCAGAAUUGAAUGUUACCAUACCUAAGUGGAUAAAAGGCUCUCUACCAGAUAUUCAACUUUUUCAGAAAGAUCUGAGGAAAUUUGUGGAAUCAAUAAUUGAAAUCAAAACCCAAGUUGUUCUGUCUAAUUUAACUUGGUAUGUGAAUCAAUCAUUGUAUAGCAAUCUUGCAAAUGCUGUCAAGUUCCAAAAGCAAAACAAACUGUUAAUGAAGAAACCCAGUCCUCUUAAGAAACCCACGGUGAAUCUUACUACCAUAAUAGGCCGAAAUCAAAGAAACACAGAUGACAUUGUGAUGGAAGAGAACUCAGACUGUACUAGGUCCCCAUGCCAGAAUGGAGGCACAUGUAUAAAUGGUAGAACCAGCCUUAUCUGUGCUUGUCGACACCCUUUUACUGGUAACUACUGCACAGUCAAGUCGGUGGAAGAAAAUGCAUUAGCUCCAGAUUUUUCCAAAGGAUCAUACAGAUAUGCACCCAUGGUAGCCUUUUUUGCAUCUCAUACAUAUGGAAUGACUACACCUGGUCCUAUCCUGUUUAAUAAUUUGGAUGUCAAUUAUGGAGCAUCGUAUACUCCAAGAACUGGAAAAUUUAGAGUUCCUUACCUUGGGGUAUAUGUUUUUAAGUAUACCAUUGAGUCAUUUAGUGCUCAUGUCUCUGGCUACUUAGUGGUUGAUGGAGUAGACAAGCUUACAUUUGAAUCUGAAAAUAUUAAUAGUGAUACACAUUGUGAUAGGGUUUUGACUGGGGAUGCCUUGUUAGAAUUAAACUAUGGCCAGGAAGUAUGGUUACGACUUGUAAAAGGAACAAUUCCAGCCAAAUUUCCCCCUGUUACUACAUUUAGCGGUUAUUUGUUAUAUCGUACAUAA